GAGAAGUAUUUUUUUUAGUAAAUUUCACAAGAUUUAUAAAUAAAUAAAUGAAAAUCACAAAAAAUGGCCACGAAAUUUGAUUCACAGAAAACUAAACAUCAGUUAUUCCAUUUAUCCAUUAGUUUAGCAGUAGUAUUGGUCUGUAUGACUUCAAUGCAAUACAAACGAAGCUGGUCACAUUUAGGCAGCUUUUGGAAUUCCUUGAUAAUACCAAUUGUUUUCACUGGAGAAAUGCUGAAAAUAAUUCUCUCUCAUUAUUAUGGGCAUCAAGAGAAUACUUUAUUAACACAGAAGCAAAAACAAAAGAAGGCAAGUUAUUUUACGCCCAAAGAACUGGCAGGUGGUCUUAUGUUGCAAUUUUUAUGUACAUUGCUAUUUGGAUUUGUGUGCAUUAUAUUAGGGGCACCAGUGUUACAAAAUUAUGAGCAGACUUUUAUCUUAGCUAUGCUAUUAACGUUGUUCUCCGUAUCACCUAUCGUUUUUCUAUUGGGUGCGGAGGGAGCUUUGCAAGUGUGUUUUUGUGAAAAGCCAGAUUUUCUCACCAAAAAUGAAGAAACUGCUGUCGAGUUGUUUAAGUACAAUGCCGUGGGCGGCAUGUUGGGUGCCUGGGCCGGCUCUGUAGUAGCACCAUUGGACUGGGACCGUGAAUGGCAAGUUUAUCCUGUACCAAAUGUGGUGGGCGCGUUGUUGGGCAGCGCUCUGGCGAAUAUAUACGCGUGUUCACGAGUACUCUAUGCUACUGGUAAAGUUUAUAUUAAUAAAAAACGAUCUUAAAUUUG